UUGUUCGUUCCCAGUGUAUUAUAAAGAGGCCUACGGUAAUGUUGCUGUAUUUAAUCCUGGUGGCGAUAUCUGUGGAGCAGCUUAACGGCUGGUUGCUCAGCCGCCAAGUGUGCUAUGGGGAACUUGGGUGUUUCAGUACCGAUUCGCCGUUUAGAAGCCUUCAGAGACCGCUCACUCUCCUCCCAGAAACCCCAGAAGCUAUUGGAACAGAGUUUCUCCUGUACACCAGGGACAACCAAACUCCUGACCUAGAGGAACGUUUGAUCGCCGGCGACGCCAAGAGGCUCAACAGCUCUCACUAUGUGGGGUCGAGACCAACGAAAUUUAUCGUCCACGGUUUCACACAUAACAUCCGCGAACAAUGGGUUCAGAACAUGAUCACGGAAUUGCUGAAAGCUGGCGAUUUCAACGUAAUUGCCGUAGAUUGGAGCGGUGGAGCAAAAUUGCCCUACACCCAAGCUACAGCUAACACGAGAGUUGUUGGUGCCCAAAUCGCACAAAUGAUAAAAUACCUAAUGACUGAGACUGGAGCAGCUAGCACAGACAUGCACAUCAUUGGCCACAGCUUGGGAGCUCACAUUGGCGGCUACGCUGGGGAAAGGAUCUCCAACAUGGGACGCAUAACGGCACUGGAUCCGGCGGAACCUUACUUCGAGAACACUGACAUCGUGGUGAGACUGGAUCCAACCGAUGCUGAUUUCGUUGAUGUCAUUCAUUCCGACGGCUCCAGCAUCCUCUCCCUGGGUCUUGGGUUAGACCAAGCGGUUGGCCACGUGGAUUUUUACCCAAACAGUGGAGCAGAUCAACCCGGGUGUGACAAUAGCUUUUGGAGCAAACUAGGUGGAACAAUUUGGAACGCUGCCCUUUUGGAUAAGUAUGGUGUUGAGGCCGCCAUAGGCUGUAGCCAUACUCGUGCCAUCGAGUUUUUCACGGAAUCCAUCAAUUCAAGGUGUCCAUUUACUGCUUACCCAUGCAAAGAUUACGAGACAUUCCAGACUGGCUCAUGCCUGAAGUCAUGCCAAGAUGGCGACUGCGUGAGAAUGGGAUAUCACGCCGAUAAGGGGACUGGUCGCGGGUCUAUGUAUCUUAUGACACAAGAUGCCGCUCCUUUUUGCAAUUAUCACUACCUUCUGAAUAUCACCAGCUCGAACCUCCAGAAGACCGCUAGGGGCAAAGUCAGCGUUAGCUUCACUGGUGACAGGGGCCAGGUCGACACGUUCCAACUCACACCGGAGGAGUCAACAUCUAUUGCGCCUGGCGAUCACCUGACCAAACUGAUUCGCACUACUAGUCCACUUGGCACCGUCAAGUCAUUAACUGUUGAAUUUGAGAAAUACCAGAGUCUCUUUGCCUGGGUCUAUACAGACAAUUGGAAAGUGGGAAGGGCCAUCGUCACCAGUGGGGAGGGAAACUACACCUCGUACUUCUGUACCAGUGACGCUACGAUCUACGACACUGACUCCAAGGUCUUCGCCGCCUCGCCCAGUGCUUGUUAAAAGUCUCCAGGCUUCCCCACCAUAAAGCAGACCAUGUUAAAGGGGAAACUUUGAAUUUUGCAUGAAGAAUAACCGUUCCAAUAAGAGAAUUUUGAGAAAUGUAAUUAUUUCGUUAAUUACGUUUCAGAAUUUCAUUCUAACCAGAAUUCAUAUUUUAUAUUUCUCAACCUUUUAAAAACAAGACUUUAAAUAAAGAACAGAAUA